CAAUCCGGCCCAUGAAGAAAUACAUUAUAACCCUAACACAAUACCACUCAGCCAAACCCUUGAAGCAGCAGUCGCCGUCGGGGGAGGGAGGAGCAGAGCAAACGCCGUAUUGACGUCGAGCAACAAUGGUGCACGUCUCCUUCUACCGCAACUAUGGAAAAACUUUCAAGAAGCCUCGUCGUCCCUACGAAAAGGAACGACUAGACGCAGAGCUGAAAUUGGUCGGAGAAUACGGUCUCCGAUGCAAAAGAGAGCUCUGGAGGGUGCAAUAUGCACUCAGCAGAAUCCGUAAUGCUGCAAGAAUGCUUCUAACUCUCGAGGAGAAAGAUCCACGAAGAAUCUUCGAAGGUGAAGCUCUCAUGAGGAGGAUGAACAGGUAUGGUUUGCUGGAUGAGAGCCAAAACAAGCUCGAUUACGUUCUUGCCCUCACUGUUGAAAACUUCCUUGAACGUCGUCUCCAAACACUCGUCUUCAAAACUGGAAUGGCCAAAAGCAUACAUCAUGCUAGAGUCCUCAUCAAACAAAGGCACAUCAGAGUUGGAAGGCAAGUUGUGAAUGUUCCAUCGUUCAUGGUGAGGGUGGAUUCACAGAAGCACAUUGAUUUCUCACUCACGAGUCCAUUUGGAGGUGGGAGACCUGGUAGAGUUAAGCGAAAGAACCAGAAAGCAGCUGCAAAGAAGGCUUCAGGUGGUGAUGCUGAUGAAGAUGAUGAAGAAUGAGCAUUUGAGUAGUUCUUGUGUUUGAUCUUAUUUGCCACCAUGAGGUUUACAAGUGAGUGUUUUGUUCUUUGUUUACUUUAGACUUUUUCUUAGUGGAUUAUUGGUGGUUUUUAAGAAGUUAUUGUUUGUUGAUUUUCUGUUGAAGAUUUUGUAAUGGAAUUUAUGGGGUUUUAGAGUUAUCUAAAUUCUUAUGUUGAAAAUUGUUGGUUAUAUACAA